UUCCUCUGUUGUCGUCGUCUCCUUGCCUUCCCCAAAAUGAAAACCCGCCCUCUCAGGAGUCCGGCCUGAGCUUCCCUUCUCUCCCAAUUCCAGACCCCUAGUUUUCAAGAAGAAAAAAUUCUCCAUUUUUGGCCAAGCCCCUUUUAGUAACCCGCAAAUUAUGAUUCAUUAGGUUUUUUUUUUCUUCGAGUGGUAUUAGACUUGUAAAUUUUUAGUUUUGAUUUCGUUAGUUUUUUUUUCCUCUCAAUCCCAAAAUGUCGUCCAAGGAAAUCUCGAUGGUCCCCCCGCAAAGGCUUGACAACGGGCUAAAUCCCCAGCUCGUUUUCCAAGACGACGGCCCACUUCGUUUCCGGGUUGCUGACCCAGGCCCCGGCUCCAAGACACGCGAGUCAACCGCUUUCAUCGACCACAAGCUCUUCUCCCUCGACCGCGACCGGUACUUCUCCGCCCCUCAAGCCCCGGAAUUUCGCCGAACGUUGUAUUCGAACGGGCCUUCCCGCAGGCAGGACCCACAUGAGACUGGCGAUUCCGAUGCCGAUGAGGAAGAAGAUGAUGACGUCGAUGACGAAGACGACGACCCCGAGGAGGUCGAUGAAGGCGAUGCUGACGCCCAAGUCCUUGGCCUCGUAACCCUUGAUAGUACUAACAAAAGCAACAGUAUUAGUUCUAAUACUAAUCCCAACACCAACAAUAAUAACAACACUAACGGCGGUGCUUCUAGUAAUCUUAACAAUAACGAUAAUGGAGCUGCAAGCGAUGGUGGUGUAAAUGGGGAUAAAUUGGGAAAUGGAAAAACCAGACACCUUUCUGUUUUUGGAUCGGGUGGGGAGAUGAUGAUGAAGGAAGGUAACACGGGACAGUCUGUGAAUAUUAACUCAAAUAAUGCUGAGACCAUUGGGGAGCCCGAUGGAGAUGUCUAUUACUCGCAGUAUUUGCAAGCUACGGAAGGGGCCGGUUGUUCUUUGCAGAAAGAUGUGGCUGCAGAGAAUGGUUGUGGGUUUAGUGGGAGGAAAGAUUCUUCUUUUUCCAUUGAAUCAGGGGAGUCAUUGAGGGCGAUUUUCUCAGACCCUGUCACUGGAGCUCUUAUGGAUGAUGCGAUGAUUUUACCUUGCGGACAUUCUUUUGGAGCUGGCGGGUUACAGCAUGUCCAUAGAAUGAAAGCUUGCUACACUUGUUCACAUCCAGUGUCAGAAGAGUCAAUAGCUCCCAAUCUCUCUCUCCGAGCUGCAGUGCAGGCAUUCCGUAGGGAAGACGAGUUACAAUUUUACCGCUCAUCUAAAAGGAAGAGAGAGAAAUUCGACAAGGACAAGGCUAGCUAUGGUGAAUCGACUCUAACAGAUACUCCAAGGAGUAGAGGUGUUCAAUUUCCAUUUGCUGUGACAGACCGGGUUAUCAUUAAGGGGAAUAAAAGGACACCACAGCGCUUUGUAGGACGCGAAGCUGUUGUAACUACCCAAUGCCUAAACGGAUGGUAUGUUGUAAAGACAUUGGACAAUGCAGAGAGCGUUAAGUUGCAGUAUCGUUCACUUGCCAAGUUGCCAAAUGAUCCAUCCUCAAAAGCAAUGUCAAGCAAGAUGGCAGCAAACUGGCUCUAGAAUUUUUGUUUUUGGGCCAAGCAAAAUGAAGCAGUUAUACUGAUAACCAAUAUGCGCGUUUAACCUAACUGUUCUACUUUUAGGUUUCUGCUUUCAUUUUUCUGUACUUGCAAUUGACAUUGGUAUACUCCCUUGUAAAUUACAGGUCCUUCCAAGCUUUGUUCUAGCUAGAAUGACAUUUUAACCAGUAUAAAGUCCGCGAUCCCUGUAAACUUUUUUUUUUUUUUUUUUUUGUAUCAGACCAAUAUUAAUGUAUAUUUAGUAAUAUCUGUUAUCAUAUUUAGAGU